AUGCCUCCCAAACGAUCGCUUGCGCGCCCGCGCCAGACCAAGCUCAGUUUUUCUCCUGCGUCAAAUGCUUCACCGAGACCCGCGAAACCCAGGUUUGUCAUCAGCAGCGACAGCGAAGAUGGACCCUCACCGAGCCGGCCCGCGAAGCGCCAAAGGUUGGAGCGAGAAACAGAGAGGGGCAUGAAGCUCGGAAUGCCCGUCAGUCAGAAUAAGCGUGGAAUGUUCGGCAGUUCCGAUAAUGAGAUGCUCAUCUCCUCCGGCAGCUCCUCGGAUGCCGGCAAAGGUUACGGUGAGGACGAUGUCGCGCCCUCCCCAAGAAAGACCCGCAAGAAAGCGAAGAAGAUAGUCAUUUCGGAUGAUGAGGUGGAGGCUCGGCCCAAGCACAAGAACAGGCGCGCUGCUCGAAAGUCAACAAAGGCUACGUCGGAAGAAGAAAGUGAAGGCGAAGUCACAGUGGUCCAACGAAAGGACAAGCGGAGGCUCAAUAAGGCACCAGAAUUCUCGGAGGAAGAGGAGGAGGUACGUCCAAAGGACAAGAAGCGUGGCACUGCUCGUGGAGCAUUAACAAUAUCGGAGUCUGAGAGCGAAGGAAAGGUCACGGUCGUCCCACGGAAAGAUAAGCGAAAGCGUGCAAACUACAGCGAAGAAUCGGAAGCAGAAAAGAAAUCGCGAUCGAAGAAGGCGAGCCGUCGCGCAAAGAAGCCAGCUCCUGGAUCAUCUGGUUCAUCCGAGAACAAUAGUGAAGACGAGGUAGUAGCGACCCCGAAAAAGCUCACGCGGAAACGAAAGCCAGUUGCCGAGUCGUCAGAGGAAGAAACUUCCCGAGCAAAGCGGAAAGGUCGCCGAGCCCAACGGCGUGCUUCUACACCACGGGAAAGUGAUGCCGAGGAGCAAGAGGAAGACUCAAACGCAGAAGUCGACGAGCUGAAGGAAGAACUGGCGUUUCUGCAGUCCUCUCCACUCGGGUUAGGCAGCACACAAAACAAAGCCAAGAGCGCGAGGGAAAAGGCACUAGAAGCUAUGAAGAAAAAACGCGCGGUCAAUAGCGAUCCGCCAUCGUCGUCAGCUGGGCGCAGGAAGCCGGUCGUUCUGGAUUCUGAAUCUGAUUCGGACCUUGAGAUCAUCCCUGAAGAGCCAGACGAGAGUUCGAGCGAAGAGCACGAGAGUGAUGAAUCCGACGAGGAAGAAUAUGGCCCAACCGCGCAAGAAGCCCUGUACGGCAAUGAUGAGGACGAAGAGUUCAUUAAUGAUGACGAUGCACCCAUCGGCGUGCCAGCAGAACACGCAUUGCCACUUCAAUUCAGCAGCUUCGCUAACAGAAAACCUCGCGACUUGUUCAAGUACGCGAUUGAUUGGAUGGUGCAGAAGAAGAUCAAUCCCGCAUUCAACUCGGGGGAUGAAAUCUACGACUUAGCUUUCAAAAAACUAGACGACGAGGUCAUUGGGCUCGCAGGCUCUAAGUACCACUCGUCGGCCUGGACCAGCGAUUUCACGAAAGCAAUCAAAGGGCGACCAGAGAUAGUUGUUGAGGACAUCGACCCACAGACCCGUGCACUGUCGGAGCCCCAUUGCGAAGCUUGCAAUCGUAGGAGCCAUCCAGCGACGUUCGCCUUAACGUUCACCGGAAAGCCUUACCAAAAGGAAACCCUCGAGCCUCUUCCUGCUAAUGCUUCUGACUCUGACUCUGACUCCGAUUCCGGCUCCUCUGCUGUCUCAUCUACUGGCUCGGAAGAAGCGCUGAACGGCGAGAAACCUACGUACAACGUACAGGGCGAGCGGAUACCACCCGAGUCAAAGACUUUUUCCCUGGGUUCCACCUGCAAAGCCAAUGCCCAAGUCGCCCACACGUUGUAUCACUGGCGCUACCACCUCAACUCAUGGGUUAUAGAUUACCUUGUCAGCCAGGGUCACUGCACCGCCGAGGAGCUCGUAAAGCGAGACAAAUUGAGCCAGCGCAAGCGGCAGAAGCUCGCUAACAAGAUUAUUGAUAGAAUGGACAAGGUCGGUGAGAUCAAGAAGCUUUACCGCAUGUAUAAAGAGCAGGUUAAUUGGGCUUACGAGGCGGAUAAUGAAUACAGGAAAGGCUGGGGAAGGAGGGGUUAG